CCUAUUGAGUACUUUAGUAUGAGGGAGUGGAGACAAAAAGGGGCAGAGUCACUUUGAGUCAGGAUAAAGUAUUAAGGGCAUUUGUACCAAGAAGCUUUCAACACGUUUCUGGAGAGAAGUGGCUUCUUACAUGACUCCAGAAAAGCUUCACUGUGAAUUUCUUAAUAAAUUCGGCUGGCUUUUAUAAUCUUUCUCAGCCGUCUUCUCUAAUCAGGAAGAGCCCCGGUUGGGAUCCACUCCCCUGGCCAUGCUAGCCGCCACCUGUAACAAGAUUGGCAGCCCCAGCCCGUCCCCGUCCUCCCUGUCGGACACCUCGGUCUCUUUCGGGAAGGGUUUCCACCCGUGGAAGCGCUCCUCUUCCUCCUCCUCCGGGAGCUGCACUCUCGGCUCUGGCUCGCUGUCUGGUUUCGGGGGCUCGUCCCGCGGUGGUAGCGGCUCCUCCAGCGCGGCUGCGGCGGCGGCUGCUGCUGCUGCUGCGGCGGCUGCCGCUGCCCUAGUGUCGGACUCUUUCAGCUGUGCGGGGUCCCCGGGCUCCAGCGCCUUCUCGCUGACCUCCUCCGGUGGAGGUGGCGGGGGAGGUGGUGGAGGAGGAGGGGGCAGUAGCUCGGUAUCGGCCGCCUCCCCCUUCGCUAACGAAUAUUCGGUGUUCCCGGUGAGCGGGGGAUCUCAGGAAGCCGCAGCGGCGGCGGCGGCAGCAGCAGCGGCAGCCGCUUCCCACCAUCAGCCGGUUUUCCUGUCCAAGGUGCACGCUUCAGUUGACGGUCUGCAGAGCAUCUACCCUAGGGUGGGUAUGGCGCAUCCCUACGAGUCCUGGUUCAAGCCCUCACACCCCGGAGAGGUUAGCGCUGCAGCGGCUGCAGGAGGAGCAUCAAGUUGGUGGGAGGUCGGCGCCGGCUGGAUCGAUGUGCAGAGCCCCGGGGCUGGGGCAACGCUGCACCCAGGAGCCCUCCAAGGCUCCCUGCACUCGCCCCUUGGCGGAUAUGGCACGGACUACGGCGCAGCCGGUCUGGGACACUUCACCGCAGGAGGAGGUGGAGGAGCUGGGGGUGGUGGCGGAGGAGCAGGCGGAGGAGCUGGGGGAACACCUGCUGGUCACCUACUGAGCCCUGCAGGACAACACUUGAUGGACGGAUUUAAGCCAGUGAUCGGCCCCGGCUCCUACCCAGACCCCUCAUCUUCCCCUCUCUCUGCCGGCACCAUGCUGGCACCAACAGGGCCCCUGGGAGGUUCCCCCCGCUCCUCGGCCAGGCGUUACUCCGGCAGGGCCACCUGUGAUUGUCCCAACUGCCAGGAAGCAGAGAGACUGGGGCCGGCCGGGGCCAGCCUGCGGAGGAAGGGGCUGCACAGCUGUCACAUCCCGGGCUGCGGCAAGGUGUACGGCAAGACUUCGCACCUGAAGGCGCACCUGCGCUGGCACACCGGGGAGCGGCCCUUCGUCUGCAACUGGCUCUUCUGCGGCAAGAGGUUCACCCGCUCGGACGAGCUGCAGCGGCAUCUGCGCACCCACACCGGGGAGAAGCGCUUCGCCUGCCCCGUGUGCAACAAGCGCUUCAUGCGCAGCGAUCACCUCAGCAAGCACGUUAAGACACACAGCGCCGGGGGUGGUGGGGGAGGGGCGGGAUCAGCCGGGCCGGGCAGCGGGGGCAAGAAGGGCAGCGACACCGACAGUGAGCACAGUCCCUCAGCCAGCCCGCCCUGUCACUCCCCGGAGCUCCUGCACCCCACAGACAGGAAUGGAUUGGAGUGAGGCACCUCAAACCCCCCAAACAUACACCCCAAUAAAUGAUCACCCUGUCCCCUCGCCCCCACCCCACUUUGGUCACUCUGUAACUCUUGGGACCCGGACAUGUAAUCAGCAUGCAUUGUUCUCUGGACACUUGGAGGGCUCCCCCACAGCUUGAGCUUUUUCUUCUACCAAUGACACCCAUUCACCACAACAAAAAGACCUUCCAAAAGGAAUUGUUUUAAGAUAUCUGGAAGCAAAUUCCUCCCAGCCUGCCUGACAUGGACAAGAAGGUAGUUAAAGACACAAUGAUCUAGAGCAGUCCUGAUCCAGUAGGGAUUAGAAGGCGAAGAUCCAGCGACUCGAAAAUAACUUCACAUUAUUUUGCUUUGUCAGGUCACAGUAGAAACGAAGCAUUUUCUAUAGAUAUUAUUUUGUAGUUCUAGUUCACCAACUCUGGUAAAGUUUACACCUGUUGCUUUUAUGUUCAUUCGUUUUGUCACACAGAACAAACAAACAAAA